GCACGCGCCACCAGAUUCCCUGGCUUUGAACGCUUUGAAAGAAAUCUUUUGGUUCCGAAAGAAAUCAGCUGACGGGAGUCCAUUUUUAAGAAAACAUCAGAAAUUGUAUGUGCAAAAGCCAAUUCCCCCUGGUGCAAUGACUUCUGAACACAAAGAAGAUGAUGUUGGGACUUCUGUUGUGAAUGGGCUAAUACUGAACACCAGUGGGCAAGAAAGAGAUUUAGAUCCUCCUAAAGUCUGUACUGGAAAGGGAGCUGUGACCCUUUGGGCAUCUCCAGUUUACGAGGAUAAUCUGAAUACCAGCCAUACAACUUCUCCACAGGACAUCCCGUCAUCUGAUAGUGCCGAGUCAGGAAAAACAGAAACAGAUGACUGGCGGUCAUUCUCUAGUAUUGACUCGAAUAGGGAUGUCCAGCCCACUGCUCUGGCUGCCAAGGGCUAUCGGAGUGUGCGUCCAAACCUCUCUGAGAGCAAGCCACACGAUCCCUGCCCUCUGCUACAUGAAGCCCCCAAAACCAGCGGCAGCACUGAUUGCUAUGGCUCCUUAACAGUGACCAGCAAGCCUUCCUCUGCUUACCCUUCCACCACUAUCGUCAAUCCCACCAUUGUCCUUUUGCAGCACAACAGAGAACAGCAAAAAAAGCUUAGUAGCCUCGCAGAGCCAGUGCCAGAUGCACCACCUGUUGAUAAAGUAGAUUACAUGUCUAUGCAAGAAAAGAUCAACCAAAGUGAAAAACAAUCAACAGAAGAACAAAGUAAAGUUAUUAAGAGUACAGAGGACAUGGCUGAUUCCUUAUCAGAUGACAUAGGCAUUCCACUAAGGAACACAGACCGCUCGAAGGACUGGUAUAAGACAAUGUUCAAACAAAUCCACAGACUGACGAAAGACCCUCCUGAAGAAAACCCUUAUUGCCCUACCUACAAAUUCCCUGAACUUCCUGAUAUCCAGCCCCAAGUUGAAGAAGAAAAUCCUUAUUCUCCUACAUACCAGUUUCCUGUGUCUACUCCUAGCCCUAAAUCUGAAGAUGAAGACUCUGAUUCCUAUUUUCCUCAAUACUCCUGUUCCAAAGACAUAACUUCAGUGCCCCGUUCUAAGAGCGAGAAUGACACCAUCAACACAGAGAAGGUGGUGAAGAGGUCUGCCACUUUGCCACUGCCAAAUCGUUCAUCAUCUCUUAAAACAAGCUCUGAAAGGAAUGACUGGGAACCUCCAGACAAAAAAGUGGAUACAAGAAAAUACCGUGCUGAACCGAAAAGCAUCUAUGAAUAUCAGCCAGGGAGGUCUUCAGUUCUGAACAAUGAAAAUUUGACUCGGGAUAUAAGCCCAGAAGAGAUAGAUUUAAAGAAUGAGCCUUGGUAUAAAUUCUUUUCGGAAUUGGAGUUUGGGAAACCGCCUCCAAAAAAGAUAUGGGAUUAUACUCCUGGAGAUUGCUCUAUCCUUACUAGAGAGGAUAGAAAGACUGAUCCAGAAAAAGACAUCUACCUCUACCAGACUGAGUUAGAGGCAGAUAUAGAAAAAAUGGAGAAGCUUUAUAAAGCACAAGAAAAAAAGCAACAAAAGAGUACAGCAAACUCCUCUCCAUUGGAAGCAAUUCCAGAUCAUAUGCAUCACUCACCAUACUCUCCCAGCUACCAUCCAGUAAAGAGAGACUUCGAAGCUGCUCUUGGAGACCCCAUUGGACUGGAAAAGGAAAGGCAAAUUUACAAAAGUGUUUUGGAAGGAGGUGAUAUCCCACUGCAAGGACUGAGUUGUCUCAAGCGUCCCUCCAGUUCAGCUUCCACAAAAGAUUCAGAGUCGCCAAGACAUUUUGCACCACACGAUUACAUGGACAGCCCUGAAGAUAUUUUCCACAGGCGACACAGCGAUAAAGAGAAACUUUUAGAGGACCAGAGACGGCUUAAACGUGAGCAAGAAGAGGCUGAUAUUGCAGCUAGAAGGCACACAGGGGUCAUUCCUACGCACCAUCAAUUUAUCACUAAUGAGCGGUUUGGGGACCUUCUAAUUAUAGACGAUACCGCAAAAAGGAAAUCUGGGUCAGAGAUGAGAGCUGCCAGAGCAAAGUUUGACUUUAAAGCCCAGACAUUGAAGGAGCUGCCACUUCAGAAAGGGGAUAUUGUUUACAUUUAUAAGCAGAUAGAUCAGAAUUGGUAUGAAGGAGAACAUCACGGGAGAGUGGGCAUCUUCCCACAGUCAUAUGUAGAGCUACUUCCUCCCAGAGAAAAACCCCAACCUAAGAAAACUCCACAGCUGCAAGUUCUGGAAUAUGGAGACGCCAUUGCCAAGUUCAGUUUCAAUGGGGACACUGAAGUGGAAAUGUCCUUCAGAAAGGUACAACUUAUUACCCUGAUCCGACAAGUGGAUGAGAACUGGUAUGAAGGAAAAAUCAUUGGCACCAGUCGCCAAGGCAUCUUCCCUGUCACGUAUGUGGAUAUACUUAAGCAGCCUGUGCUGAGGAACACGCAAGACGGUGUCAACCUACCCGUUUCCCACUCAAUGAAUCGCAGCCUGACAACUUCCCCACAGUCUCACAGCUCUGAGUUGCUUUUCACACCAACCCCACCGCCAUUGCCCUUUGCUCGCCCAGCCAUAUCUCCUGAAUUGCAGGCCGUCACCUCAGAAUGGAUUUCUCUGACUUUGGGACCAUCCUAUAGCCACACACCAGCCAUAACCCCUCCUUUGCCACCUCUUCCUGAUGCUUCUCUCUGCAACAUGGAUUAUCUCAUCCCCUCCGCAGUGGCGAGCCCCUCGCCUUCCAUUAGCCUUCACCCUUCUAACAUCUCCAGCUCCUCAACACCUACCUCUUUUGUUUCCCCACUGCCUCCUUCCCCGUGGGAGUCUCAGCUGUCCGUUCAGAACGUUAGUCUGACAACUCUGCAAAGUGAGGAAAAGUUUGCCAGGUCCCCUUCUCACACGAGCAACUGUAAUUCGCCUUACUCGCUAGUUGGGAGCCCCAGUAGCUUCCUUUCAGAGCCCAUUGAUGGAGCUGACCACCAAGACAAGUUGCAGAAGAGGAGAGGAGUCAGACGAAGCCCUGACAGGGAGGAUUGCUUGACAGCCAGCAAAAAGCACAGUGCCGUUCCUGAUAUCCCUAGAGUUGGGAGCCUUUCAGAGCUGGAGAAAAGUGUUAGCCCACAAAAGAAAUCUCUUCACAUUUCUGAGGAGAGGAGACUAUGUCAGGAGCAGGGAGAUGGCCCCCGCAAAAGGGAGAUGUGCAGUUAUAAACAUGUUGAACAGAGGGAGAAUCAAAACAGGGCUGUUAAGUCUGCAAAUGCAAAACCACUCUCUCCAACUGCUCUUCUGUCUCCCUCUGCAAUUUCUUCCUUUGCUGUUAGAACACAACUACCUCCCAGACUCACAUGCAGGGUCAACAUACCACAGCCUUCUCAUCAGUCAUUGAGGCCAGGACCAGAUCUCACAGAAUCAGAAAAGACCUAUGUGGAAACUGUUUGCAAUGAGAUCUUAAACAUUGCUGAAAAGUCCGUUCAUUACUGCAGCACAAUUUCUCAGCCUCUUGUCUCUUGUCACAAGGGGCUCUUUAAUGACAGUAAAUCAUCUCUCAUCAUUUCUCAGCAACCACAUGUCCCGCCGCUGGAAACCACCCUCGACAGGAACCAUACCCCACAAGAUACACUUAGCUACCAGGCACUCUACAGCUAUAUCCCACAGAAUGAUGAUGAACUGGAGUUAAAAGAUGGAGAUAUCAUAGAUGUCAUGGAGAAGUGUGAUGAUGGCUGGUUUGUUGGCACAUCUAGGAGAACACGACAGUUUGGUACUUUCCCAGGCAACUAUGUGAAGCUUGUAUCCCUUUAAAAGCCAUUGCUAGCCUGUUGAUUUCACCAGGAGACAGAAAGAGAGAAGUGGACCUGGAUUUGAAAUGGUGUUUUUUUAAAAAAGUCUUCAGAAAAGAGAAUUCAAUGAAUGUAGCAGAGGAAAUGAGAAGAGGACAUGGAAUGUGGUAAAGUGUCAGACUGAGGCAAAGCCCCCCCUGAUCCUGUGGAGGUUGGCCAGAAGAGAGGAGAAGCAAGCAUCGAGCCUUUUUACAGUGCUGUGUUUGUAUGUAUUUUUAUCCUCUAGCGAGUGAUGCCACAAGGCUUAGCUUUCAGUCAAUAUUGAGUAUUUAAUCUCUACAGCAAAACUGUGGAAAGCAACAGAAUGGAGUGAAAUAUUGUUUGUGGUAGAAGGCAAGAACAAUGCGGAUAUUUAAGUGUAUUUUUUGGUUAUAGACUCUUUUUGACUGCAGUCUGGCUGGCAGAGGUUGAAGCUAAGAGCUCACCCCAUCUAAACUCCUUGCAGUUCUCAUUCCCUUCCUGCAGAAUCAGCACCUUGAAGCAGCUAAGAGGUAACGACUUUCUUGUGGAAAGGCACAUUUACUAUAUAUAAUCAGAUUUUCUGUACUGUAUUCCCUGAAAAGGUACAGCAAGUGAUAUCUUGGAGUCUUGCACCCGAAGAACUGUUCCCCCUCCCCCAAAGGUUUUCAAUUCUUACAAAACUAUGUAAAUCCUUCACAGAGGUUUUUGAGCAGGCUUCCAGAAGGUCUGCUUCCCUAUUUCAACUAUUCUCUCCCUUUACAGCUCCUCUUUCUUCUUGCUUUCUUCUGCUCAUUAUAAUUCACAGAAGAAGCCUGUGACCCUACUGAUGUUGAAAACCACCCUCUCACAUCCAGACUUCCAGUUCCAUCACCCCUAGCGUCUGGGCUUGUCAAGCAUGAUGGAAAGUAAGUUGAGUUAUCCAAUCUUAGGGUGUGACUAGACAGCCGAAUUGGAGCAGGCAAGAUCAGGAUAAAUAGGGUUGACGUUAUGCCAUUUGUUGCAGUUCUUGAAUGUAAAACCACAUCAUACCUCGAGUGACCCUGUUUUGCCCUUCCCUUUCCCUUUAAAGGGAAAGUUAAAAAGGAAAGGAAAGGAACAACAACAAAUCCCCCUCCUUGUCCCCUCCUCCAGAAGGAGCAGGAAAAAGCUUGUUCUGAGUGUCAUAGUACAUCAACAUUGCCAUACAAGAGCUUUGCAAAAACAAAAAACAAAACAAAACUCAAAAAUUGUUUCCUCUUCCCCCCCCCUCCGUGAGGGAGCAAGAAGCUUUCAGCUCCCCAAUAUCGUGAAAAAGUUGAAGCAGGCAGCUAAAGCAAUCUGCUGGGGUUUAAUCCCAAUGAUCACACAUUCUGGAACCAAACCAAACCACAGUAAUCUCACCUGCACACACAGGAAAAGAUCCAAAAAGGUACAGCUAGGCAUGGAUCAAGGAUGUGCUGGUUUGAGAUGGCCCAUAAACCAUGUGGUUGCUGGAAAAGGGGCCAAAUCAGCCUGUCUUGAAGCCAGACCAAACCAUGGGACAAAUCUCCCUCUAACAGCACCCUUAGUGAAAGCAAAGUAGGCAAACCAACAAGCGCCUGCUUUUGUAAAUUGAGGCUUGGAAAAUCAAAAAUCUAUCAGAACUUUGGAAGUAUUUGUCCUGUCAGCCUAGUAUUAAUGGCUAUUAAUUGGCAGCAGAGCAGUCUAGCUCUUCUAGUCUUGUAUGACUAAAUCAUGCUAAGAGUACCAGUAUUUCAAGUAAUAAAAGUGAUUGUUAAGAACAUCAUAGGGUGAUGUUCAGAUUGUUAUUGUUACGUGCCAUCGUAACAAUGAGAUAUUUAGGAAGUGUUAUGACUACUGCUUCCACACACGCCCCACCCCCAAAACAAGUUUCAUUACAGAGCAGGAAGAGUCCUCGUCCACUACUCCACCACAGAGGCUUUUGAUGUUGAGGAACAAAGCUGAAAAUAAGACAGUCACCUUGAUAGUGUAACUUUAGACAGAGGAGCUCUUGAAUGAAAAGAGUCAAAUUUGGAGCUCUGAAUUUGUUAGGAAACAACAAUGUCAGUAUCCUAUUUCAAAAUGUGGAAUGUUAAGUGUUUUGUGUCUGCAAUGGUCCGAUAUUUACCCCAGUGACUGCUGGCUUGCAGGUACAGUCCAGAGUUUGCUCUAUCAGAAACCAUGGGAUUUUAUGGUUUCUCCAAUGAGUGUGUGUUACUGGGAUCCCUCUUGCAACAGCAGGGUUAAAAGAGAACGUGGGCAUGGAGAGGAACAUUCUAUGUAUGAUUUCCUUCAAACAGGAUAUUGGCCAAAAUCUUUUAUCACAUUCAGACUAAAUGGCAUUUAAGCCACCUUAAAUUUGGAAAGACUGGAAAUUGGCACUGCUGCUCCAUCUACUCAGUAUGAUUCCUGCCCCGUCAUUCCCUUGUGGAGGAACUAUUUCCUUGUUUGUUUGCUCUAGAUGGAAGCUGCCUAGAAAACAACUGUGAUGUAGUUCUUGCCAUGGCUUCUUUCUUAAAACUUCCAAACUGGCUUAAUUCCCAGAGGGAGUUUUUUUUUAACGUACAGAUAGUCAGAUACAUCAAUUCUUGGUGUAGAUCAUACUAGCUGGAAUCAACCAGUAGACUAAGCCAAAGUGACGUGUUACUCAAAGUAAAGAAGGCUCCCACAAAACCCUGCAUAUUGCUGUUCUCCAUUUUCUUCUAUAGUUCUAUUUCUCACACUCCUGAUUUAGGACUAUAAAUCAUAUAUCCCGGAAUAAAAAAGCCAGAUUCUGUCAUGGCAUCCGUCCAAAUUUUGGAUGCAUCCUGACAAAUUAUUCCUAAUUGUGCCUUUCUAGAAUUGGUAACUAAUGUGAUUUCUGGCUGCCUGUUCAAAACAAAAGGAAAUAUGCACGGAUGGCAAAGCUACUUGUCUUUUGAGCUCUCGGAAUUAAUUCAGUGCACCUUGUGCAUGCUUACUUGGGAGUAAACUGCAAAGUGUUCACUGUCAUUUUCCCAAACUAGAAUUUCUUGUGAAACAGAACUGCUGUUUUUUGAAAUUGUCUGGUUUACAAAGAAAAGGGAUUCCACAUAAGACUAUUAAAUAUAAAGUGCAUAUUUUUAUGCUGAUGCUUUUAUACACUUUAAGCUACAGUAACAGCAACCAGUUCUCUAUCAGCAUGAGUGCAAUUCCUUUUGACAUCUUAGCCAUGCUCCAAAAUAGCAGGAUUUCUCUUUUGCUGACUCACCUGGCCUCAGAGCAGCCAAAAAGUCAACUGAAGUGCUUUAAUAAUAUGAAUGUAAAUAUGUAUAUUUGCCUUUGUAUAGACUUACAAAUCUUAUAUUAAAAAUAUGAUUGAAAGCUUUUUUUAAAAAGGGCCAUAAGGAAGACUUUUCCAUUUUUAUUUAUAUCAAGUAAUUAUUGAAUUUACAGUUACAUCAAAUAAGAGGGAUUAGCAAAAUACAAAUCAACUAUGACUAAAAAAAAUCAACAUGCUGUUUUCACCAGGGUGGAGAGUUAACCAUUUUCAUAUUAAGGACCGUUCAUGCUUGAGCUUCACUGGAAUUAAUUAGUUGCCUACUACUCUUGUGGGUUUGUGCAGGAGAAAGUUCCAUUGACAGGCAUCCUCGUAUAAUGGGCUUCUUAUGAAUGCUUUUGAUUUCAGUUUUUAUUUGUUGCAGCAAUGUUUAGGUGUGGCAUUACAAUGAAUAGGAUUGGACAAUACAAAAUUAACCAACUCUGCAAAUGCUUAAUAAUAUUGGAAGUCUGUAACCAUCUCAGUGGAAUUUUUAGUUAAUAUACAUUUGUGUUCAUGCUCACAUUUCAAAGCAAGAAAUCACCCCUGCAUUUUUUCCUCAUUGCCGUGGAUUAUUUGGUAAUUAAUAAAUGAAAAUAUUGAGUUAAAAAGCAUGUUCCUUCAUGUAAAUGAUUUAAUAAAUAUUAGCCCAACUUGA